GGGGAAACACAAAAACCCCCAAUGGAUGAUUUAGUUUUGUAUACCACACCAGUCUUAUUGCUCGUCGUCGAUCCACGAACGUUAGGUGGCACGUCACAUGACAAUUCGCCAAAAACGUCACAACAAUGUCAAGGUGCACACGCUAUAGAUUAGUUAUUAGCUAGUAGAUAGAGAUAUUGAUGAACAUUGCGGAAGUAUUCAAUUUGUAGCAGUCAGAGACUAUUUCAGUGGCACCAUUACUAGUUUCUCACGCACGUCGUACCUGAACGUCUCGACUCGUUCUGUUUAUCGCAUGCAAGCUAGCUGCAUGUAUUCAGGUGAGGUCCUUCUGCUGCGCGCGGUGGCUAUAAAAGGAGCACAUGUACCCCUGCUGGCUAAUGCACACCUCAGUCACUCGUCCAGUGCAAACGACAGAUGGCCUCCUUGGUCGCCCUCCUUGCGGUGGCCCUUGUUGCGCAGCUGGCCUCGUGGCAGCAGGCCGCCGUCGCCUACGAUCCUAGCCCUCUCCAAGACUUCUGCGUUGCUGACAAGAACUCGCCUGUGCGUGUGAAUGGGUUUCCUUGCAAGGACCCAAUGGCCGUCACCCCGGACGACUUCUUCAACCCGGCCAUGAUCAUCGGCAAGCGCAGGGACACCAACAACAAGGUCGGGUCCAACGUCACCAACGUCAACGUGGAGAGCUUCCCGGGCCUCAACACGCUGGGCAUCUCGCUGGCGCGCAUCGACUACGCGCCCCUGGGCGUGAACCCGCCCCACAUCCACCCGCGCGCCACCGAGCUCCUCACCGUGCUGGAGGGGACCCUCUACCUAGGCUUUGUCACGUCCAACCCCAACCGCCUCUUCUCCAAGGUGGUCAAGAAGGGCGACGUCUUCGUCUUCCCCAAGGCCAUGAUCCACUUCCAGAUGAACCUGGACCACGAGAAGCCCGCCGCCGCUCUGUCGUCGCUCAGCAGCCAGAACCCUGGCGUCAUCACCAUCGCCAGCGCGGUGUUUGGGUCCAAGCCACCCAUCUCGGAUGACGUCUUGGCCAAGGCGUUCCAGGUCGAAAAGAAACUCAUCGACUGGCUCCAGUCUCAGUUCUGGGAUACCAACUAUUAGGCUACGCCUACGCGUACAUAUGUAUUCAUGAAUAAAUGGCGGGCAUGUGGAGGAGUGAUACUAUAUAUUGAGUACCGGAAAACAAGCUAGUGAAAUAAAUCUGAUUACAUUACCAUCAUGCAUCA